AAACACCAUCUGCACGCCGUAGUCUGCAGCUCAACAUUCUUCAAUUUAAUUCGCCCAACUUUCAACUCAAUUCACUUUUAUAACAGUUUUUUUUACCCCCCCUUUUUUUUUUUUUAAGUAGUACGCCCCUAGUCCUCCAUCUCGUAUACUAGAGUUGACUUUGCAUCUUGUAACCUUCCUAAAGCCGUACGGCCCGGUUGGAAACAGUUAUGUUGCCCGUAUUAUGUUGGUGCCUAGCAAUUAUAUCGCCACUUGUCCCCUUCCGUCUCGAGUGAGUCUACAGCCAUUAACUACUACGGAACAAAACAGUUAAACUACCUGUAAAUUCGGAUGGUAUUCUUCAAAACACGAUUCUUCUUUCCUUGGAUCUGACUCGAGAUAACCACAUGUUUAGGCAGCAGAAUAAUACAGGACAACUAAUAUAACUUUCCUCUUCUUCUUUUUUUAUAUACCUAUAUAUUAAACUUCACUCACAUCUUUUUGGCUUCGCAGGCGGUUGGCUGCCUAGCAUAUGAAAUCUCCUAACACGCUCAUAUUGUGAUUUCAGUACUCGAAUUUGAUAGCGGCUCUAUAUUAAUAAAAAGACCACGAUUCCCCUAAGAAAAUGGACAUCGUCCGUCGUGGCCGUGUGUUCCGAUCAGGUCUAGAGGAUCGACCCCUUACCAAACCCCCUUCUAGCGGGGCAAAAGGGUUUGAAAGUCUACCACCGGAAAUACAUCUCCUAAUCAGCCGGCAUCUCACGUAUCCUGACGCCUUGUCCCUGAAACAUGUCAGCAGAUACUUCUACUGCCUAGUUGACACUGGGCUGAAGCUCAAGGUGGAUUGGCUGAUUGAGCGUCGAAGCUUGCACUUGGAAUGUCCGAACGACCGUCGUUGCGAUCUAGGAAGCGAUCUUAAGUUCUGCAGAGGCAGCGUCAGGUUGCUUAUGCAGCGCCGCCGCGAACAUGUUGAAUGCGAAUCCCGUCCGGGUUUAGGAUGUCUCGUGUAUGGGACAGCACAAUGUGCACAUCAACGCCAGCUCAGAUUUCGGAUUAAGCGGUGGCUCCGCUCUCGUCUUACCAUUGAACUGUGGUGGCUUUUGAUAGCCAUGGUUCCCGUGUUUUUUGGGUGCUUAUGGGUAGCAGAAUUCACACCGUGGUGGCGUGGAGAGGAAUGAACUAGGUCGAGCGGGUUAACAAUAAUAAACUUAACAAAUGGCUGGCAAGAAACAAAUCGUAUCUCAUAGUUGUCUCGGUUGAUUUUUGAAGCCUACCCCCUAUAAUACAGAUUCUACAUCCCCCCAGAAACUUCGACAUUUUACUACACAACUACCUGGUAGGUAUCUGGCCUAGAUUAAGGACCAGAAAUUCCGCCAAAGCGAAAGCCCUCUUAAGGAUUAUUACGCUGAACAAGAAAAGUACAGUAGAACCGCUGGGUCGAGUGAGUAUCUAACCUAAGGUAGUACCACAUUGUUUAUUAGGUGAGGUUUGUUUAUUGUGCACAGUGUAAGGGGACAGUUUCAGGUUGAUCUCGCACAUUGUGCAUUUUCCAAGCUCU